AUGGAAGCCAUCGUAACCAUCGCAGGGUGGCUGUUGCUUGCGCUUAUUUCCGGCAGCUUCCAAUUGACCUCAACUGCUAUAUCCUCUGGCUCCUGGGAUCAAGCGGCCGCGAAGCUGAUGCGUCCGCAUGCCAGAAGAAAUCUUCGAAAUGCUGGCGAUGAACCGCCUGCUUGGACCAUGUGCCUGGACACCUGCAACAAGGCCAGGAACGAGGUCUGUGAGGAGGGCCGCCCCGGCAAAGUACCCGUCAAGAUAACGCAGUUCAUGGCGUACUGCGAUUUGGGGUGGGUUGGGGUUUCGGAGCGGGUGUGGCGGUCAUGGGCGAGUGAGGGUUUCACGGGCUACUGCACUGACUGUACGGACUGCGGGCCCUGGUCCACAUCCGCUGUGAAUGUGACAUGGCAGGACCCAAAGGUCGUCGGACCAGUUCGUUUCCUCAAGGCCCGCGACUUGCAGGUCCGAGUGCGCGAAGCCGCCGUACACCCCAGUAUACAGUUCAAAUUUGCGUACACCAACCCGGAGCAGGACUUCGAUGUGUCGUACCAUAUGGAUGGCUCGGGAAUCGUGGAGGCGGGAAUCACCACGAUUGUGUACCAGGUGCUGGCGGGGCGGUGCCUGCGAGAGGACGGCAGCAGAGCGCUGGUGGUGGAUGUGGGAGCCAACUUCGGCUGGUUCGCGGUCCUGGCGGCCAGGAUGGGGUGCAGGGUCAUCGCCUUCGAGCCCGUUCCGUUGUUUCGAUCUUUCUUAGAGUACAACAUCCACCUCAAUGACCUGUCCAACCUGGUCGAAGUUCGAUCGUCUGUGGUGAGUCACGAGAGCGGUACCCUGAUGAAGAUGGUCGUACCCGCCCGGGGCAUCUGGGGUACCGCGGGCAUUGACGGACUCAACAUCGACACUGCCAUUGAGAGCAGACACCAAACCAUCGACGUGCCCAGUGUACGGCUAGAGGACGAGAUCAAGAGUGACGUACUGCUGCUCAAGGUUGAUGUGGAGGGGUGGGAGUGGUCCGUGAUGCAGGGGGCCGCGGGGCUGCUGCGGGGCUACCUGGUGGAGAACGUCAUCAUGGAGUAUUCGCCAGGGGCCCCCGAGCGGCAUUUCAAAUGGGACCACAUGCUGGCCCACCCAGCCAUGUUGUACGACAUGAUCACCAAGUACGGAUUCCGUAUUGGGCACAUCGGUGACGCGGACAAACACAUCAGCGCGGGCUGGGAUGCGCCACUGCCCCCGCUGCGGGAGGUGACGCUGGAAAAUCUCAAGUACGACAUUGAGGACGUGAAGCGGUGGCAGGAGGGCAAACUGGCCUGUCCAGUCCCGCCCAACAUGGCCAACUUCAGUUCCUGGCGGCUGUGUGGGGGGGUGCCCGAGGGACUGAACCCCAGAAGCUUUAGGUCAAAUUUCGGCCACAACACCAACAUAUGGGCCGCUAAGACGACAUCCGCCAGCGGCGGAUCUUCGCGGACAGGGCCGGGAGCGGGAGCGGGAGCGGGAGCGGGGGCGGCACUGUUUCAGCUUGAGGGUGUGUCCGGGAUAUUGGCCCCCACCGACCCAGCUGACAAAUACUUCCAAACCAAUUCGGACGCUGCGGGAAUGGGGGGCCGCAUCUGUCGGGACCUGGAUCCGCAAGUGCAGGUGAAGCACCGCUGCCCGUGCUCUAAGCAAUCUGUGUGUGGGGAGGAGGAGCAGGAGAUCCUCAAGGCGGUUGCGGCGGGGACUGUUCCCCAGAACUACGUGCUCAAGUGA